GACGCGGCCCAGCGCUGCCGUAACACUACCGAUCCUUUAACGUUAGAAUCCAGAAAACGGAGAGAAUCGAGAAGAAAACAGCGAAAAAGGGAAAAAAACGAACCAGAGCAGGAGCUUUAGCUGACCUGCAGUCAUGGACCAGUCUUUACCUCCAGACCUGAACCCAGAGCCUGAACCGGCUCCAGAAGCAGACACCGCUCACGAUUCACCUGUCCAACCCACCCUGGACUCCAGACAGGAACCGGCUUCAGAUACGGCCCAGGAACCCUCUGCAGUACCAACCCUAAAGCCAGAGCCGUCAGCACCAGAACUCACACCAGAACCACCGUUCCCAGCGCCGCCUCCAGCGGCCAACUCCUACAAGAUCAUGACCUUCAGACCCACCAUGGAGGAGUUCAAGGACUUUGGGAAGUACAUCGCUUAUAUCGAGACCCAAGGAGCUCAUCGAGCCGGUCUGGCAAAGGUUAUUCCGCCGAAGGAUUGGAAGCCGCGGCGUUCCUAUGAGACCAUUGAAGAGAUGGUCAUUCCUGCUCCCAUCAUGCAAGUGGUGACCGGCCAAUCAGGACUCUUCACUCAAUACAACAUCCAGAAGAAGUCCAUGACGGUCGGAGAAUAUCGCAAACUGGCCAAUAGUAAAAAGUACGACAUCACAGAGUGGAACAUCGGCCAUCUGAACACUCUUCUGGACAUGGUGGAGCAGGAGUGUGGGAUCGUCAUCGAGGGCGUCAACACGCCCUACCUGUACUUCGGCAUGUGGAAAACCACUUUUGCCUGGCACACGGAGGACAUGGACCUCUACAGCAUCAACUACCUGCAUUUCGGCCAACCAAAGUCCUGGUAUGCCAUUCCUCCCGAGCACGGCAAGAGGUUGGAGCGGCUGGCGCAAGGCUUUUUCCCAGGAAGUUCUCAGGGCUGCGACGCGUUUCUCCGUCACAAGAUGACCCUCCUUUCUCCAUCGAUCCUGAAGAAAUACAGCAUCCCCUUUGACAGAAUCACGCAGGAGGAGGGCGAGUUCAUGAUCACGUUUCCGUACGGAUAUCACGCCGGAUUCAACCACGGCUUCAACUGCGCCGAGUCCACGAACUUCGCAACCCUGCGCUGGAUCGACUACGGCAAGAUGGCCACGCAGUGCACGUGCCGUAAGGACAUGGUGAAGAUCUCCAUGGACGUCUUCGUUCGCUGCCUGCAGCCCGACCGCUACGAUCUGUGGAAGCAGGGGAAAGACAACACGCUCCUGGACCACCUCAAACCCACGAGCCUCAGCAGCCCCGAGCUGGAGCACUGGAGGAAAACCAGGGUCACGUACAGAGAGAAACUCCUGCGCAGGGCUCAGGCGAAGGUGAAACAGUUCCGCCGUCUGAAGCUGGAGGAGGUGAAGGUUCUGGUGGAGGACGGAGUGGAGCUGGACAUGACAGAGUACCUGCUCAAGGUGGAGGAGCGCGAGCAGCAGCGGCGGCAGCAGAAGGACGAGCGCAUGGCGCGGGAGGCGCUCCUCACGCUGGAGGCGCUGGAGAGGGAGGAGCAGGAGCAGGCGGAAGCAGCACUCCGUGGAGAAGGUGAAGAUGGAAAAACAGAAUCUCAGGAUCCUCCAUCGGAAAACGGAGAGGAGAAGAAGAAGAAGAAGAAAAAGAAGAAGCCGAAGCAUCUCGACGAUCUCUCCUUCCAGCAGGUGUUUGAGCAGUUCGCUUCCAGCGACAUUCAGGACCAGAGUAAUGGAGACGCUCCCGGCCUGCAGCCGAAUCCUUUCAUGAAACUGAAGAAGAAAGUUGAGGUGAAGAAGAGCCGAAGACAUCCGUUUAGCAAGCCACCCAUGCGCUCUCCUCACUCAAUAGUCAAACAGGAAGCCUCCAGCGAUGAGGAGAUGUACUCUGGGCUGCCUGUAGGUGGCGGCGUUCAGCCGGAGGCCAAGAAGUCUGAGGAGAGCGCGCUGUGGCAGAACCGCACGCCAAACUUCCUGGCCGAGAAACAGUUCAACUCUGCGAUGGCGACCAUUGAACCGCACUGCGCUGUCUGCACGCUCUUCUGUCUGUACACACAGCCUCUUAAGGACCCCUUCCACCUCUCGGACACGUCUGGCCUGGUGUCCCGGGUCGGCUGUCGCACCCGUCCGCUGGUUCCAGAGAUGUGCUUCAGCGCAGGAGCUGAAAACACAGAGCCGCUGCCGUCGAACUCUCACAUCGGUGAUGACGGCACCAGCGUCCUGCUGUCCUGCGGGUGCUGCGGCCUUCAGGUCCACGCCAGUUGUUACGGCGUCAAUCCCAACACGAAACAGGAGGGCUGGAUGUGUUCUCGGUGCACUGCGGCCGAAUGGACAGCCGCCUGCUGUUUGUGCAGUUUAAGAGGAGGAGCUUUGAAGAAAACCACAGAUGACAGGUGGGUUCACGUGAUCUGCGCCGUCGCUGUGGCCGAGGCUCGUUUCGUUAACGCUGUGGAGCGAGAGCCUGUGGACGUGACGGCCGUCCCCGACACCAGGAAGAGUCUGAAGUGCGUCUACUGCCACAAGACGACCAAGCAGAUCUUCGGCGCGUGUAUCCAGUGCUCGUUGGACAACUGCUCCACAUCCUUCCACGUCACCUGCGCCCUCCUCGCCGGAGUCGUCAUGAAGCCGGCCGAUUGGCCGUACGUGGUGUCCGUCACCUGCCACAAACACAAAAAGACCAAUCAGAAGGUUAAAAGCGGCUCGCGCGAGCUGUCGUUGGGUCAGGAGGUCAUCGGCAGGAGCAGCAACGGUUGGUUCUACCGCUGCACCAUCACCGGCAUUGGCACGCAAAACUACUAUGAGGUCAACUUUGACGACGGCUCCUACUGUGAUAACAUCUUCCCAGAGAACCUGCUGAGUCACGACUGCCUGAGGAACGGCCCUCCAGAACUGGGCGAACUCGUGGUGGUCAAGACAAUCGAUGGACGAGUUCUCAAUGCGUCUUACGUCAAGGAACACGUCCACCGAUACUACCAGGUGGAGUUUCAGGACGAGACGCAGAUCUUACUGAAGCGCAGCGAGAUUCACUCUCUGGACCAUGAGCUGCCCAAGAGGGUCAUGUCUCGUCUGGCAACUGUGAACCAACAGCAACCUCAGGUGCAACCGUCAGAUGAACCUCUGGCCGCGAAACGUCCACGUCUGCCGACACCGCCACCAAUACUAGCCAUUGAGCCCUCGGCACAACCUCCAGAAAUAGUCACCGCUUUCCUGCCCGCUAGUAUUACUCCAAACACCAGCUCUGCCCCCUGCCUGCCUCCCCCCACCUCACUUCCUGUUUCAGCACUCACACUUUCUGCCCCGGAACCCAGCGAGAGUUACACCCAUAGCUCCAGCUACGUAGCCUACAUGGAGUCUCUCCUCAACUCAGACUUUCCUUCAGAAGAGGAACAAGGUGUUGAGCCGAUGUAUUGAAGUGCCACUUUGCGCUACCAGCUAUUCGUCAACACAUACAGACUUUAAAUUCAUCUACUGCAUGUCUUUGUUUCAUUUAUUCGCUGUCGUGCUAAUCCGAGUCUCCCACCCAUGAACGGUGCGCGUGGGACACAUGCGUGUCAUUAUAGACUGAAGCCGAAACGGACCCAGUACAUAGCCUUGGGGGAUGCCUCACUCUUCCGACCCUUUCCACGAUCCCUCGCGCCGGUUCUUUCACUAAACGGAAAGAGCCGCCAUACAUUUUCAGAUGGGAUAAUCAUUCACUGUAUGUGCUGUUUACUUUAUACCUGAUUUUUUUUCUCUAACGAGUGCUAAAUAUUUUUCUAACUCAAGCCAAAACAUGCUACCCGGUCACAGAUCACAUAGACAGUCUAUAUCUGUACAGUUUCAGGUAUUUUUCUCUGUACUCAAGUGUUCGGGGGGGGGGUCACAGGAAGAGUUUUAGCUGGGCUCAUGGGAUUUAAUAAGUAUUUAAAUGUCUUUUGUCACAUAUAGAUUUAAUACUUGUAUAAAGAAAAUCAAUUAUGGCAGCAUCAGAAGCUACAGUUUUCAGUUACCGUACACAACUGUGUUACGAUAGAUUUGCGCGGGUUCAUGUAUUCUUCUAUAAUCUACGAUAAAAGGUUUUUCAGCACCAGAUGAUUUGUUUUUGUAGCAUACUUGGUAGACGUUGAUAUUGAAUACUAUUCACCUUGUCUGUUUUUUAUUAUGAUUACCAUUGUUGUUAUGAUUAUUAUUUUUAUUGAUUUUUAUUUUGGUGAGUCUUUGCAACACAAUGUCGAAAGAUGAAAAAAAAAAAGUUGAAUUUAUCAUUUUUAUUCAAGAGGUUGAAGUGGCGUACAUUUAAAACGUAUAGUCAUAGGUGAUGUUAAACAGAUACGCAAUCUGCCUUCUCAAGGUGCUAUAGAAGUCUUAGACUACUGAGGGGCGAUCCGGGUCACGUGACCCACAAUGAGGUGUACAUACUAGACGUCCUGCUCACAAAUUGGAAAAAUUUUCUUCAGUGUAACUUCUAGUCUUAUCAAAUGCCAUGUCACAUUCAAAUAAAGGGUCUGGUUGUCGCUU